AUAAAUUCGAUUUCUGAUACGAUCUUCGUUUCUCUCUAGCCAAACUCUGUGUGUAGGCGGAACUACAGGACCAGGAGCCUCUUUUUUCCUCAAACUCGAUCUAUUCUUGUUAACCAUGUCGUCAAAGAGAAAGACCAAGGAGCCUAAGGUUGAGACUGUGACUCUUGGACCUAGUGUUCGUGACGGAGAGCAAGUUUUUGGAGUUGUCCACAUUUUUGCUUCAUUCAACGACACUUUCAUUCAUGUUACUGAUUUGUCUGGACGUGAAACUCUUGUCCGUAUCACUGGUGGAAUGAAGGUGAAAGCUGACAGAGAUGAGUCCUCACCUUAUGCAGCUAUGCUUGCUGCUCAAGAUGUUGCUCAGCGAUGCAAGGAACUUGGAAUCACCGCCAUACAUGUGAAGCUCCGUGCCACAGGUGGUAACAAGACCAAGACACCUGGUCCGGGAGCCCAGUCCGCUCUUCGAGCCCUUGCUCGUUCUGGCAUGAAAAUAGGCCGUAUUGAGGAUGUUACUCCCAUCCCAACAGACAGCACCCGCCGAAAGGGUGGUAGAAGAGGAAGAAGGCUCUAAGUGUUUGGGGCUUAUGGGAUGUCUUUUAUUUAGCUCCAUUUGUUUUCAUUUUGUCAGAACUAUUUGUUUGGAGUUUGUUAGAUUGUGGAAGUGUUUUGGAGUUGAAUGAUUUUGUUAAUUUGAUCAACAUUUCUUUCUAAUAUGAUGAGUCUAUUGCAUUGCGAAACA